UGUGGUGUGACCUUGAACUGUGUGGUUAUUUGAAAUUUGUUUAAUUUUCCGCAUGGUUGUUUACCCCACAUAACCGAACAAUCUUGAAAAUUUAUACCGAAUGGGUCUGAACUCGGCGUACGCGUCGACAAUUCCGGCUGUGUUCAAGCUGGUCGAAUCGGUUUUAAACAUCAUAAUCAUCAUUCUGGUUGCCGUUACGCCAGCCUACACAUCAAAUCCUGCUGCUGGAUGGAUUCUAUUCGUAGCUAUUCUAUCAAUUAUUGUACCCCUAUUUUUCUACAUCAUUCAUCUGACAAAUGUGAUAUACAAGCUAUCCGGACCACUAACGUUCAUAGAGUUCAUGUGUAUAACAAUCACCGGAGUGUUCCAAUUCGUGUGUAUCAUUGUAGCAGCUGCAACAACCGGCGGACUAGGGACCAUCAUCGCCACGGCCGUCUUACACGGAAUCAGCUUUGCCAUCUACGGUGUAGACGCCUUUUUCCUGUUUGCACUCUACAAAGUUCACGGAGGCUAUUUGAACAAUCCAUCCGUGGCUCAACCGCAGGAUUACCAACAACAGCAAAUGCAACAGCAACAACAGCAACAGUCACAACCGGAGGAUGAACACCAGUUUGACUAUCCAAAGUUCACCCCAUCGAUGUUCGAUAAUCCCGCCUAUGCUCAAUGAACCGGCCGGUUGUACAUAUUACCCUAGAAACUAUAGCCGUUUCUCCCUGACUCGCUGGAAACGACAGCUGUCACGAGAACACAUCUUCCAAUGAUAUUCAAGACUGUGAUCAUCAUAGCUACACGAUUGGCGGGGUUCAGUCAUUUCUUCCGGAUUACUUUGACACUCAAAUUUAUCAUGUUCUUCCAUCACUCGUGUCCCCAUCCCCGGUCCUCCUACUAACACCAUAUCAGUUAGACGAUUACUCGUUAGACCAUCCAAUACCCAACACCUAACCAAAACCCAAGGCGAGAACAAAGUUAUAUUCUAUUUUCUUGUCUUUUAUGUUGCCAACUCGACCCCUCCCCGCCAAGUUUUAACUCAUCUUAUUGAUUUUCUAUACUUUGUGCUUCCACGUGAUCAGCACCUAAUGGAUUUUGGGGGUGAUGCUGAUGAAUAUUCCUUUGAUCCUCUUCUUCAUCACGUCGGUGACGUUAUCUUUUCGUCAACAGUGACAUCACAUCAGCUGUUUAUGACUCUUUCUGUGAUUUGUUUUGUCGAUUUACUUGCAUGUGAAGAGACUUGGUAUCAGAACACUAUCUUUAGGGGAUCAUCUUGUAACCAUGUGUGAACUCUUUUUAUCAACUCGAUAGAAAUCACUCCUCUUGAGUUUCCUUAUAACUGGUUUGGUGAGGAACACUUUUUAAUGUCAGGUUAGUUUUUGACCAAGGUAGAGAGGAGUCAAAUGAACUUGUGCGCAACUAAAUUGUUGGUACUAU